GAGAAUCUUUAUUUCUGUUUGUUGAUUUUUUUGUGGUUUGCCGCAACAUCGGCAAACAAUUCAUCAAAUUUCUACCCAACAAGCAGUGCCAAUAUACAAGAUUGUCCUCGUAGUUGUGCCAUUCGUUUAAUUAGGACCGCAAAUGGGAGAAAGGUUGAUUCAUAUCACACCUGUAUGAACGAAUGUACAGGAAGUUGGCCGCUUUUACCAGGAGGCAACUGUAGCAUCCAAGCUGGUGUUGUGGACUCUAAUUCCAACAACGUUUGUACACCAAUAAGUGUGAAUAUAUCUCAAAUUGAAUUUCAGUUGGCUGAAGAAACCUCCUUUUCAGGUUCCUCCAACGAUUUAGAUUCGUUUGUUGAGGUGAUCAAACCAGCUUCGAUGGUGGGGUACGCCGUUGUAUCGUGGCUACCGUGCCCAAGUGGGCUGAGGGGUGUCACUGGAUUUCAGGUUCUCAUACAACGCAUAGAAGGAACACAAGAGGAUACAGAAUGCCAUAAUGUCACACUCAGACGAACCUUACAAGAAGGGGAUGCCCAGAUUCGCCUAAGUGUGUUAUCUUACCUUUUUUUAACACCAGCCAGUGAAUACAGGGUUGAAAUUCGUAGUUUGCCCAUCACACCUAACAGCGGUUAUGUUUCGAAAACAUUCAAUUCAAAAAGUUGUUUAGAGUUGAAUCGAAAUUUUAAAGAUGAGAAUGGAAUUCCCACUAACUGCGAAUGCGGCGAAACUUUGGACUCAUUACCACCCCCUACAGUGACUGUAGAAGGCUACAGUGUUACAAUGUCAAUCCCAGUGGUACCAAGGUGUUACUUUCCCGGAGGGUACUUUUUCUAUGAGGAUCGACUUGCAUUCUGGCAAGAAGGGAAUCUUGGUUGUGGUGUUCCUAGGGUAUUCUUGAGCGGCAAAAGCGUCAUAAGUGAUAUAUUCGCGUAUAACAAUACUCGAUCGUUCAGUGGAACAAGUUAUACGUUUAGUCCCGUCUACAACUCUAUUGGUGGUCGAUCGUACACUGGUUAUUCCAGAAGCGAUUUCUUUGGCGCGCCCAUAUACUCAAGAUACAUCAACUUUACCAUUACAGCUUGGGAGCCACCCCGUCCAAUUAUACAUACUUUAACCAAUGGUAUGGUUGACGUAACGUUUGAACCAGCCAACUCUUCCUAUCAUAUCAACCAGUAUAUGGUACGUUUGAAUAAACAUCAGCUGGAGAAUACAACUAUACUUGAAGAUAGGAAUAUCUCAGCUAGAUACGUAGAAGAUGGUUUUCUUACAGUUAGAUACGCUGACCUAGAACCAGGUGUUUAUAGUGCUCAGGUACGCGAAAUUCGACAAGAAGUACAAUUCGUAAAGUAUCUACAUUUUUCUCCAAACUACGUGUUAUUUGCUGACGCUGAGUACGGACCAUUGGAAACUUUUACUGUUUCCUCUGUGCCCUCAACACAGAGUUAUUUCAACAGGGAUCUUUUUAACUCUUUCUACGGUAAACUCAUCAUAUUUAGAGGGUGAAUGAGCUACCAAUCAAAAUUCACAAAUCAGUUGUUGGGACAAAAAUUGUGCCAAUUGUAGUACUUUACCAGACAUUGAACAACUCGACACUUACCCAAACAUUGAAAGAGCAUACAAAAAAGUUUAAGAACCACUGAAAACGUUUAAGAACCAGCUCAAACAUCAAGCCCUUUUGACAGAUUAGACGUCAAUUGAAUGAAUUUAACUUACGUUUCCGUGUGGCAAGGCAGCGACAGUCGUUAUAAGACGGAUGUCCUGUUCCCACUUUGUGCCUGCUUACUAAUUACCAAAUGUGUCUAACCAAAACUUUGUUAUUACGUACCCAGAUAUAAACCUUAUACAGAAACAGAGCAAUAUAUAUUAUAUGUCGUGAAAAUAAUUAACCAAUAAACAAAUCAUUGGGAAUGUC